UGAUAACAGGCACUUAACAACUUGGUAUCAUUUAAAAAGCCGCCCAAUGUCCCUCGAGUGAUAGCAGCCUGGGGAAGGUGGGCCUGAAAGAUACCAGCACACACUGGUAGAGAAUGUGCCUCCUGUUCUCCUUGGUGGCUUUCUUGCAUUGACUCUGUGAGCCAGUUUAUAACCCCAGGAUGUAUAUGAAAAUAACAAUAGCCCUACUAUUGUCAGGUUGUGUAUCAGUCACUGCCCUCGAAGUUUCAACCAUUGGUGAUCUAAGAUACACAUCAACAGCUGUUCCAAGUUCCAUAGCCUCAAUUCUAGAUGAAAGUGACAUAACAACCCAGGAAACCACAGUUUCUGUCUCACCUGGAGCAGCUGCUGUCACUGAUGGCAGCAUAUCCGAGACCAGCACCUGGAUAAGCUCAGGUCUUGCUGCCUCCAGUCAGACCUCAGUGAGUGCUGUUUCUCCACACCCUCCCUUCCCAGAAACAAGAGAACAACUUGAACACAUUUUCUCAGAACCAGUGAUAAUAGUCAUUGUUUUUGGAGUGAUGGCUGGUAUCUUUGGAACUAUCUUUGCAAUUUAUGCCUGUAUCAACCAACUAACAAAGAAACGUCCAGUAGACAUCCAACCUCCCACCCUGCAAGACACGGAUGUGCCUUUAAGUUCUGUUGAAACAGGACUUCCAGAGCAAUGAGAAUGUGUUUAUCAAACCAAAUUUUGGAAGAACUCAAAGAAGACACAGACUUCAGUCAACUGAAAAAUGAACAUGUGAAUUGGACACUUCAAUCAAUUUUAAUAUACCUGCCUAAGUUGUACCAUUUCAGGAAGUAAAUUUCAUCACUGUGAGGUCCAAUCACUGAACCAUGGGGAAAAAAAAACUCUGCUAAUUAGUACCUCAAGACAACACAUAUAUUUCCUUUGCAUGCUGCUUUUGUAUUAGCCUAAUUUUAUAGUUAAUUGACCUAGGAUUCUGAUCCCGAUUUCCCAUUGAGUUUAUCUGCUGUUCUUUGACUUACUUAUUCUAUUCUAUUUUAAUGAUAGCACUGUCAAAUGAAAGCCUGGUAACAUCUCCAUGGAAUUCAAAUUCUAUUCUCAUUCUAAACUUCUGAAUACAUUAUCAUUGUUCUAAUUAAAUUAAGGAACAAUGAGGUUCUAUCAUUCAUUUCCUUCAUUGUUAAACAGGUAAGACAGGGUAUCACAUGAAUGAUGGUAUUUUGUUGAUACUAAUGAAGCUUGUGCUUUGAAAGUUCCAUAAAUAUAAAUAUAUAAUGACACAUUCAUUACUUGAUACAUCAAUCAACAGAAAAGACUUUUCCCAUUAAAAAAAGUGAGCUGUUAUAUAUACGCAAAUGGACAUUUAAACUAAUUUCACAAUAAAGCAUGAAAUCCUCCUGUGCACUGAC